GACUUUCUCGAGCUCGAACCAAGACAAGAAAAUCAAACCGGCUAAAAAGAGACACAAUGACUUCAAAUGUUACUAAACUGCUAGAAUUUAUGUCAAAGAUAGGACAGCUUAAGAGAGUUAAGCGAACAGGUUGGGUAUUAAGGAGAGUGCAGGAACCAGAAAGUGUCUCAGAUCACAUGUAUAGAAUGGCCAUUAUGUCAAUGCUGCUGACACCUGAAAAAUAUCCAAAUAUAGACAAAGAAAGAUGUAUCAAGCUAGCACUGGUACAUGACAUGGCUGAAUGUAUAGUGGGAGAUAUAGCACCAGCUGAUGGCAUUAGCAAAGAAGAAAAACAUAAAAGAGAACAGAAUGCAAUGAGUGAACUUGGUGACCUGAUAGCUGAUGAAGAGACGCAAAAGGAAAUUCAUGGACUUUGGGAGGAGUAUGAGCACCAGAGCAGUGAGGAGGCAAAGGUUGUAAAAGACCUGGACAGAUUUGAGAUGGUACUACAGGCCCAUGAGUAUGAGGUCCAAGAGAACAGACCAGGGGAACUACAGGACUUCUUUGAUUCUACAAAAGGUAAGUUCCAGCAUCCAGGAGUGCAGGAAUGGGUAGACCAACUCUAUAGCAACAGAGACAAACAUCUCCAAACCAAAUCAUCACAUAACCCAAAGAAACAGAAACUUGACAGGACUUCAAAUACUCAAGCAACUGAUUCUGAAUCUAGUUAAUGGAUAGUGAAACAGUACAUAGAUAAAUAGAGGCUAGAGUAUCACAUUCCGAUAUUCAUUUAGUGUUCAUUAGACACUAUCACUAAUCUACCUGAAGGGAAAAUUGACAUUUAAACACGCACAACCCUUUAUUCACUAUAUACAUGUGUAAAUGUAUUUGAAUAUGAUAUUAUAAUACCCAAGAAUACAGUAAGAACAUUCUAAUCUAAAUACCCCUAUGACUGACCAAAAGCAUUUCGAAUUGGCAUGUCAGUGAGAGGAACUAAGAAAUAUUAGAAUGUGCAAGUUUGACUGUACACUAGUAGCCAGUUAUUUACAGAAAGAUGCAAUUUGUUAAGUGGGACUGUCUGUAUUUGUUCAGCAGAAUGAACAUCAUAACCUUGAAGCUACAUGAACUUUAAUCAAAUCAAGCUGUAGAAAAAGUGCACAUUUUGAAGUGGUUAUUGUGGCUGCUGACUUUGGUGAAGAACAUGAAUAAUUUGAAGAACAUGAUUUCCAGAGUGCUUAGAAUCUCACAUCGAAUCAGACUGUCUCUUGACCUCCUUCCCUCGAUCUACUUUUAUAUCUUUUGGGAGGGCAUUGUUUGAGGUCACAAAAGCAAAAUUAGACGAGUGUCACUCUACAGGUUAGUUGAACAUGA